GAGAAAUGUGCUCCGGUUGUGGACGUCGCAUUCUUAGUAGAUUCCUCUGGUAGCAUCAGAUCCAGAGAUUACAGAAAAAUGAAAACAUUCGUGUCCAAAAUGGUGGAGCAAUUUAACAUAUCACCAGCGGGAUCACGCGCGGCAGUCGUUCAAUACAGUACGAAAGCAACCACUGUUAUUAGGUUUGGAGUUUACACUAACUCACAGGCCUUUGAAAGGGCUUUACAAGGCCUAAGGCAUGAGCGGGGCUACACCAGAAUAGACCUUGCCCUCGUAAGGGCCUAUUAUGAUUUGUUCAGGGCUCGUGUCAACACUCGCUUUCUGAUACCCAAAAUUGCCUUUGUGCUCACUGACGGAGAGCAGACAAAACAGUUUUCUUACACACCAUUAGAUGAAGCAUCACAGCUCAUGAAGGAUGUAGGUGUGCUAGUCAUUGCAAUAGGAAUUGGAAAAUCAGUGAAGAGGGAAGAGCUUGAGCAGAUCGCUAGCAGCAAGAAGGACGUCAUAAUUGCAAAGUCAUUUGAUGAUUUGUUACCGGCUGUGGAGUCUCUGACCCAGACUGCGUGCGAAGAUAUUGAAGGUAAA